GUGGGAAUGCCAACUAUGCCAAGGCGUCGCUGCGGCAGCGAACGCCACUCGCUGCCCAGCUGCCGCCGUUGUCGCCCGUGCCCCGCCAGCUCCAGAACAGCCGACAUGGGAGUCGACAUCUACUACAUGCCUCUGAGCGCGCCCUGCCGCUCCGUGCUGCUCCUGGCCAAGGCCAUCGGCCUCGAGGUCAACCCCAAGAUCGUCAACAUCAUGGCCGGGGACCAGAAGAAGCCCGAGUACAUCAAGAUGAACCCGCAGCACACCAUUCCAACGAUGGACGACGACGGCUUCUACCUGUGGGAGAGCCGCGCCAUCCUGUCCUACCUGGCGUCCAAGUACGGCGGCGCCAGUCUGUACCCGUCCGACCCGAAACAGCGCGCUGUCGUCGACCAGAGGAUGUACUUCGACAUGGGAACCCUCUACGAACGGUUCGGCAAGUGCAUCUACCCUUUGAUGUUCCACGGGGCCAAGACUGUCGACAAGGACGCCAUCGAUAAGCUGAAUGAGGCCCUGGGCUGGCUGGAGGGCUUCAUCGGCGACAACAAGUACGCGGCCGGGAACACUCAGACUGUGGCCGACUUCGCGCUCGUCUCCACUGUCGCCAGCAUUGAGGCCACAGAGGUCGUCGACCUGGGACCUUUCCCCAAGGUCCGCUCCUGGCUGGCCAACUGCAAGUCCGAGAUGGCCGGCUACGCGGAGCUCAACGACGACGGGGCAAAGUCGUUCGGCGGCUUCUUCAAGCAAGCCCAGGCAAAGGCGGCGGCUUGAGCGCGGUUUUGCGCCCCUCGGUGAUCACAGGUGGCAGCACUGCGGCAUGCUUGCCUCGUCUCGCGUGGUGACACCUUCGUCACGAUCUGUUCACGCAGCGUAACGCGGCCAUGGCGUCAUUUACACUGUAUUUAUCAUCUGGUGAUGUUGAAUCCCCGUGUAACAUCACCUUUCCCAAAGUUCGCAAUUCUGUUAUAAAAACUGUUCGUCUGGUUUUCAUUUUGGCUGUUCUCCGACCACGAGUGCUGUGGUCAAUGCAUAAGUUCUCUCCAUGAAGACCCCAUUACCGCCUCGAACCACUCACCCAGAGGCUGUGCGGUCAGUUGGCCGGACUCCCUGCCAAGACAGUUGAGUGUGUCUGCCGCGCGAUGGAGGUCGGGUCGGGUAUGAACAAAUCCUCGCUUUCUUUCAA